GAGCGUUUAAACCAUUGCACUCAAAAGAGUCCGCUCAGCGACUUUAUUGAUGCCCCAUGUUUCAACGGUAAGCUAGUGACUGAGAAAAUCAGUGUGGCAUAUGCUGAAGUAGAAGAGAAGGUCAUGAAACUGUGGGCUUUGUACUCACCGAAGCUGGUCGUCCAUAUUGGUGUGCAUCCGGAGCACCAUCACAUUAAAUUUGAGCAACGGUCGUUUGGAGGAGGAUACUUGGAGUAUGACGUAAACGGCUGCGUUCCAGCAGAUAACGUCUGCCCAACGAGUUUAGAACCAAUUCUGAGCACAUCCAUUGAUUGUUCAGAGUUGGCUUUGAAGGUCACUGAAGAACUGGGAUAUGAGAACGUAAUGAUCACUGCUUCAGAUGAUCCUGGAAGGUACUUGUGCGCCUAUUCGUUCUACAUUUCGCUUUCCCACGACGCUUCUCGUUCGCUGUUCAUUCACGUGCCGCCGUUCGACUCCACCUGUACACUCGAAAUGGUUACUACAGUGGUUCAGAGGGCGAUCACAAUUAUCUUACGUAAUCUGAAUACUAAUUAA